AUGCUUUCAAGGCACUUCCAACGUGUUCACCCACUGCAUCGCCCGUGCUUCCCCCGCGUCUGCGCGCCGGAUCGGGGGGUCGUUCAGGUGACGAACCUGGAUGGUCGGCAGUUCCCCGCCUUGAAGACGCCCCAGGGCCGGAAGAGGAAGUUCCAGCGCCUCCGGCCGGAGAACGACUUCACUUGGUCGUGGAAGGUCUUGGUGGAUGCUCCCUGCAGCGGCGAUGGCACGCUCCGGAAGUCCUGCGGUGGCUGGGCCACGUGGCGCGCGGCCGAGGGCAACAGCCUACACCCACUGCAACGAGGCCUCUUGCGCCGCGGCUUUGAGCUGUUGGAGCCCGGUGGCCGCCUCGUCUACUCCACCUGCUCGCUGAACCCCAUAGAAAACGAAGCUGUGGUGGCAGCCUUCCUUUCUGAAACCUCCAACGCGGAGUUGCUUUCCUGGGAUCCGUUGAAGGUGGAGUCGUUUCAGGAGGGGGUGACUGAAUGGAUGGUGCCCGAGAGCGACUUCGAGACGAGCAGAUUGAUGCACAAGAGCUAUGACGCCCCGCAGCUGCCAAAGUCUCAGGCCGCGCUCUUUCCCCCGAAGAACGAGCUUCUCCAAGCGAGCCUUCGCCGCUGCCGCCGGCUGGUGCCACUUAGCCCGGAGGCCCAUCACGGUGGCUUCUUCGUGGCCGUGGUCACCAAGAGCAAGGGCCCCAAAAGCCCGAACCCUUCAGCGGCACAGGAAUGGGAGCCUGUGGAGGUGGAGGCAGAUCUGGAGCAAAAGGUGAAGAAGCAUCCCAUGCGCCGUCUCUUUCAGCCGGUACCGGUGGAACGCUGGGCCGCCCUGCAGGCCUAUUGGUCGCUGGAUCUGCCAGUGGAGCGGCUCUCGGCGAACCGUUUGGGGCAGCUGGUCCUCGCCACCAGGACUCUAGCCGCCUGCUGUGUGAGCAGGAAGGUGGAUCUGCCCAUCGUAGAGGGCGGCCUGGCACUCUUCCCCGCGGAGGGCCUCAAGCCCUUCGAUGAAGCAGUGUCUUUCUUGUCUGGGUAUACCCCGCGGAAGAAGCAGCUGACCCUGAUGGAGUUCCUGGAGAUGGUGAAGGCAGAGCAGAAGGAAGAGGAAGAGGAGGAGGAGGACUUGCACAUCUUCACCUUGGAAGCCGUGACUGAACCGUGCAAGCGCGUCUUUGCUGUCCUGGGCGCCACCCAAAACGGACGAGCCUGGUGCGUGGCUUCUCCCAGGUACCGCCAGGUGCUGUUGGAGGUCUUGCGCGAGAUCGUAAAGACAAGAGAUGUUCAGCAGUCAAAAGAAGAUGCAGCGCUUUCGUGUUGA